CCCCCCCCCCCCAGCCUGGGGACAUAUUUAGCCAGGCCAGAUGGAGCCAGGGGCGCUGGAGAGGGCAGCUCAGGUUCCUCCCACUCUGUUCACCCUCAUCCCCCUGGCUGUAGGCACUUCUGCUUCUGAAGACCUGCUGUGCCCUGUCCCCACGGCUUUGGAGACUGAUGCUCCCCGACUCAGGGCUCCCUCUGGGUCUCCCCACACACAGCACCACAGGAAUGGGAAACCGACUGAGGUUCUCGCUGCUGCUCUUUCUACUUCUGGGGGCCCCCAAGACAGAAGUGCAGGGCGAGGAGGGGCUGGACUUCCCGGCCUAUGAUGGGGUGGACCGCGUGGUCAAUGUCAACAGCAAGAACUACAAGAGUGUGUUUAAGAAGUAUGAGGUGCUGGCGCUGCUGUACCACGAGCCCCCUGAGGGCGACAAGGCUUCCCAAAGACAAUUCGAGAUGGAGGAGCUGAUCUUGGAGCUGGCUGCUCAGGUGCUCGAGGACAAGGGCGUGGGCUUCGGGCUGGUGGACUCUGAGAAGGAUGCAGCCGUAGCCAAGAAGUUAGGCUUCACUGAGGAGGACAGUAUCUACAUCUUCAAGGGGGACGAGGUGAUCGAGUAUGAUGGCGAGCUCGCUGCUGACACCCUGGUGGAAUUUCUCCUUGAUGUCAUGGAGGAUCCAGUGGAGCUGAUCGAGGGCGAGCGAGAGCUACAAGCUUUUGAUAACAUCGAGGACGAGAUCAAGUUAAUUGGCUACUUCAAGAGCAAGGACUCAGAGCAUUACAAAGCCUAUGAAGAUGCAGCUGAGGAGUUUCACCCCUACAUCCCAUUCUUUGCCACCUUCGACAGCAAGGUGGCCAAGAAGCUGACCUUGAAGAUGAAUGAGAUUGACUUCUAUGAAGCCUUCAUGCAGCAACCAGUGACCAUUCCGGAUAAGCCCAACAGUGAGGAGGAAAUCGUCAGUUUCGUGGAGGAGCACAGGAGGUCCACCCUGAGGAAGUUGAAGCCUGAGAGUAUGUAUGAGACAUGGGAGGAUGACAUGGAUGGAAUCCACAUUGUGGCCUUUGCUGAGGAGGCUGACCCAGAUGGCUACGAGUUCCUGGAGACGCUCAAGGUAGUGGCACAGGACAAUACGGACAACCCUGACCUCAGCAUCAUCUGGAUCGACCCUGAUGACUUCCCCCUACUGGUUCCCUACUGGGAGAAGACUUUUGAUAUCGAUCUCUCAGCCCCGCAGAUAGGUGUCGUCAAUGUCACAGACGCCGAUAGCAUCUGGAUGGAGAUGGAUGAUGAGGAGGACCUGCCUUCAGCAGACGAGCUGGAAGACUGGCUGGAAGAUGUGCUGGAGGGCGAGAUCAAUACAGAGGAUGAUGACAAUGACGAUGAUGAUGACGACGAUGAUGACGACGAUGAUGAUGAUGACGACUAGCCUGUGGAACCACCUCCCAGCUCUGCCAUUGUUGGGAUGGAAACCCCAG